AUGAAUCGCUCUCAAGAUAAUGUCAUCGAGGAUGACGAGGAAUCUUGUCCCUUGUGUAUUGAAGAGUUUGACCUCUCCGACAAAAACUUUCGACCUUGUCCUUGCGGGUACCAGAUUUGUCAAUUCUGCUUCAACAGUCUCAAGAAUACCUACGAGAAGAGCACCUGUCCCAAUUGCCGGAGACCGUACGAUGAGAAGACCAUUCAGUACAAGAUCCCCACCGCAGAGGAAUUUAAGCUCGACCAGUUGAAUAAAAAUAAAAAGCAAGCCGCCGCCAAGCGUAAAGAAACUGAGAAGCGUGAGGUUGAAAAUUCUUCACGUCGGAAUCUCGCCGGCGUGCGCGUCAAGCAACAGAACUUGGUCUAUGUUAUUGGCCUAAUUCCAUCUAUCAAAGACGAGCAAGCCUUACUGCAGACCCUCCGCGGUCCCGAAUUCUUUGGUCAAUACGGCGACAUCGAGAAAAUCGUUGUUAGCAAGGCCAAACCAGGUGCUGCUAAUCAAGGUAUCGGUGUUUACGUCACUUAUGCAAGAAAGGAAGAUGCGGCACUGUGUAUCAGCACGGUAGAUGGUUCUCUCAAUGGGGACAGGGUCUUGCGUGCUCAAUUCGGAACUACCAAGUAUUGCUCCGCCUACCUGCGUGGUGAAGUCUGCAACAACAAAAGCUGCAGCUUCCUUCAUGAAAGCGGCGAAGAAGGGCAAAGCAGCUCGCUUCAAAAUGAACCCCAUGGCGUCAAAGUAUCUUCGAAGGCCCCUGCCGUGGUGCAGACUGCAGCCAUGACGGUUCCCCCUCGGCCUUUGUCCGGCGCAUCUCUGACACAACCGAUGGCAAGAUCAAACAGCAAGGAUGAAGGCCUCAGUCGAAAGAGUAGCCAUGAUGGCUCUGCUCUCCCGUCGACUGCAAGUUGGGCAAACACCAACGCUCCAAUUGCCAGAGCCCGAAGAGCCAGUCAAGCAAACAGUCAUGCCACAGCUAGCCCACAACUGACACAUGCUUCAUUGACUCCACACAAGACAGAGGACCCCAAAACCAAAGAAUCUCCCGCUGAAGCACAACCACCGAUAACAAACGUACCAAAGAAAACUUCACCGAAACCAGCAUCUCCUGCUCCAACCCCCAAGUUCAAGCAUGUGGACCCGAUCCAGGAGCAAUACGAUUACGUCCUUCGAACCCUGUCUCAAAAUCAUUCGUUUGUUUACGAUGACUCCUGCCUCAGUCCUGAAGUUCGCGCCCAAGUCGAAACCAUGCCAUCCUUUAUUGAUCCUUUUGGCGGUGCCAAACGACGUGCCAUGCGCGAAAGGGAAGAGGCUGAGAGAGCAAGAAUUGAGGCUGACACGAGAGCGAAGCUUGAAGCACAGGCUAUAUCCACAGCUGAAGAAACUUUAGAGGAGGAUAACAUGGCCGCAGGUAGUCUGGCUCUGGGAGGCGAACCUGAGCAUGAUCCCCGGACUCUCUCCGCCCGUGGGGCCAUUGGUCGCCCUUCUCAACCUUUGUCCGAUCAAUUCACGAAUAUGAAUCUCAAUUCUCGAAGUUUGACCCCGCAGCAACGUCAACAGUUGUCCCAACAGCAAUCUGGAGCUACACAAACACUCUCACGCAAUACUGCAUUCGAAAUGUCCGACUUCGAUCGACGAGAACCACAGUAUAGUCAAGCGCAGUUUGAACAGAUCAACAACCACCAGCGUCAUGGGUCAAGAUAUUUCAAUAACGAUUCUAAGAGCUCUUCUGCCAAUCGAUUUCAAGGCCAGCAGCAAUCAUUUUAUUCCAGUGGUGUACAAGGACCGCCUCCUGGAUUGCCAACGGCUGGUACCCCUCCAGUGAGCGGCGGUGGAAUGUUUGCCCAUGGACAGAACUUCACCAACCCUGGCUUUGGGGCUUCCAAAGACACGAAUGCAGAGCUUUACUCCAUAAGGAAUCGAAGCGGGACGAAUCAGGGUCAUGAUAUCCCUAAUAAGCGUGAGUUGCUCCUUUCUUUGCAAAACAACCCCCCUCGGUCACCUCCAUCAUCAGCCCCUGCCCCUGGUGGUCUUAAUGCCCUCUAUGGUCAAUACCAGGGAGCGUAUCAAGAUCCUGGACUUGUUAAACAGAGGAAAAAGGGGAAGAAGCACAGACAUGCUAACACUUCCUCUUCAGGAGGCGGUGUAGAGCAUCUUGCAGACCCGAGCAUCGUCCAAGCGAGAACACAACAGGGUAAUUCCACUGGGCAGGGGCUUUCUGGAGGUAACCAAGUAGACGAGAAGAACUUCCCUCCACUUCCCAACCGCUUCGAGACAGCGAAUUCAGCACUUCAUUCUCGAGUUUCAUCUUUCCACAGCCUGCACAGUUCUGGGCUGCGCUCAUCGACUCCCAAAAUCCCUCCUGGAUUUGAGCUAAGUCAUGCACAUCCUACCCCGGUUUCGAGACAAGCUUCGCCUGGAACGAAUCUCAAUUCCACACAAAGUGUAUCUACCACAUCAACAGCAAUUGCUCCUGCAGUUCCUUUGAUUCCUGUGGGGCCGAGGACGUCGACUCCGAAACCAAAGGCAUUGGAGACACCCAAGACACUUCAGAAGGAGAUAAAAUCCGAUGGCUUGUCCACUACGCCAGCUGAAGCCAAAGGAGAGAGAAAUGAAGCCGCGGUCAGUCUAGGGUCUCCAAAACCUCGAGCAUCGCGACACAAAUUCAGUGACAGUGACCCAAAAAUAAGAGUCGCCGGCCAAGGCAACGAGGAGGAUAGUCAGCCCUCAGUUGCGGCCUCUAAAAAGAAUGAAGGGAAGGGCACACAAAAGCCACUCAGCGCCAAGCCCGACCGAAUCGAGAUCCCUCCCACGCCGACGACUACACAUUCUGAGAAUCGCGGUUCACAACCCAUAACAGACAAAGACAAAGACGGUACGCCAAUCUUGGGCUCAGCCAUCGUCGAAACACCGGGCACUCAGAGCCCCAGACCUACAACCCCUGCAGCUACUACUCCAUCUGAAUCAUCAAAGGCUUCAGCGGCUCGUCCAAGGACUCUGCGUCUGACUACAGGCAUGGCCUCUAAGCCAUCAGAACCCAAUUCUUUGUCAGCUACUACAGAAAGGUCCGGCGUUAUGCCUCCGACACCAGCCGCCAAGAGAGGCUCUAGAAGACCUUCUACUUCAUCGGUUCAACAUAGUCGGCCAUCAACCCCUGCUCUGUCAGAGUUCCUUUCACAUGAUGUCUCCCGCGCCAGCUCGCCUCCGCCCAGCAUUGUUGGCAGCGCAAUCGAGCGAGGAAAAAGCAAGAGUCAACAGAAGAAGGUGCGCCGUGAAAAGGCCAAAAAGGCCACAGUGCAAGAAGGGACUGUCAGUUCGGCGUCAGCUUCAGCACAACCCUCGGUUGAAGAAGUUGCACCAGUCAUCGCCAGACAGAAGAAGCAGAAGCGUCGAGUUGACAGCAGUGCGGCAGCAAGCGCUGAGGAAAUGACCAAAUCGACCUCAAAAGCUUCAGAUGAAGUCAACAAUGUUCAACCCGCGCCUCCUAGUCAGCAAUCAUCAACCAUCGACAAAGAAACCACCGUCACCACAUCAUCCAAGAAGCACAACUUGGCAAAGACUGAAGAGAAAGAAAAGUCAGCAGUGGUAUCCUACAAAGCCAGCAAGACGACUCAAACUCAGAAGUUGUCCAGUUCUAUGUCCUCCAUGCCAAAGGAAGAAGCAAGUGUUCCAGCGGUGAUCAAGUCAGAAGAUGCGGCGAAGACUCCGUUCACACUUCGUGAUCUCUACGCUGAAGUUGACAAGAUCACUGGUCCUGAUGCAACCCCUGCUGAACGCUCGGGCGCUAUUCAAAAGUUUCUGAACGAGCACGUCUCACCAAUGCCCAAAAUUGUCCACUCAAUGAUCCAUAGUGGUGAUCUAACCAGGGAUUCCCCAUGGUUGAACCCACCUAGCUUCAAUUCGACAGUAUACAAACUACCACCUGAUUCGCGCCGCGGACAGGAGUACCUAGAUGGCAAUGGCUACAGUGCGACGGACGCCUUCGGGUAUGUAUAUCUGCCACUCAAGGAGAAGCAUGCAUUGAAAGAAGGCCACUCUGUCAGCAUUGCAGAUGGUGGCGACAAAAAGGAUGAUCUGCUCAAAAAAUGCCUGAUCACCUCUGACGGUUCUGUGUUGAGACAUCUUUCUGGAGAAGAAACCAAGAGAGUCAUCGAGCUCAAUGAGCGAAGACCUAUGUAUCUUGAUGAAUAUGGUGAUGUCGGCACCAUGAACGGUCUUGGCCCAUUAGAACACAAUGACUUUUCGAACCUUGCUGGGGGCAUGGAGCACCUCGGUAGACAUGGCGAACAGCAUGGUGUCGUUUGGGUUGCGGGUGAGGGUGAGCAAGCCGACCUUGCAGAGGACGAUGACGAUGAAUUCGAGAUUUUCGAGGACGAUGACGCUGAGAUUGAUGGCGAAAUCGGAAUUGCUAGCGACGAUGAAGAGUUCGACAUCUUGCAUGAUGGCGGCAUGGAGACAAUCCCUGCCUCUGUCCGUGAGGGUUUGGGUCGUUUGAACGUACCUCUGGGAGGCGCCUGGGACGUUCCACCACCCUCAGCCUCGCAAAAUCCACACAAGACUCCUCGUCAGACGAGUCUUCCUGGUCUAGGACCUCAUUCAAAGACGAACGCUCUUGCUUCUGGUUUAUCUCCAUAUGUCCCUCGUGAGCCAAUCAAUCUGCGGGCGCUCACCGACGAGGAGCUCGCUCGACACGUCGCGGCGACAGGCAAAGAACUCGAAUUGGCUAGAAAGGAGAUGGAUCGCAUGGAAAAGUUGUGGAACAAAAAAUCGAAGGACAUUGGUCGUUGGAGAGAGGGCUUCUUCAAGGCAUGA